AUGGCCUUCCUGGACCUGCUACUGGAGGCGUCUGAAGGCGGUACUGUCCUCAGCGACGAGGACAUCCGCGAGGAGGUCGACACCUUCAUGUUCGAGGCGAGUGCAAUGUCCUCACAGAAAAGUUAUCAACCCAAGCUAUCUCCCUGCCUGUUUCAAUUACGUCUCAAUUUGCAACAUUUCAAUUUACCAUUC